CGCUCGCAACACGUACGACUUGUGACAGCAGCAAAAACACUCGCAGCGACUCCUUCACUCUCUUCCUCCUUCCAGAUCUCAUCUCAGCCCAGCAGACACGCCACUUCAUCUGCAGUGAAAACAGCAAACAGAAUGUCUCACAACAACGACUCCUUCAAGCUCGUCAAUGUCUUCAAUGUCAAGGGCAAGGUCGCGCUCGUCACGGGUGGCGGAAGUGGAAUUGGCUUAAUGGCUACGCAAGCCCUUGCCGUCAAUGGAGCCAAGGUCUACAUCGUUGGACGAACCCAAGACAAGCUCGACACAGUGGUCAAGACCUACUCCCAGGGGAUUGAAGGCCAAAUCAUCCCCAUCACCGCCGACAUCAGCAGCAAGGAAUCGAUCAAGAAGCUCUACAAAGAAUUCUCCGAGAAAGAGGAUCGCCUCGAUAUACUGUUCAACAAUGCAGGUAUAUCUACUGCUACUUUCAAGACCGAAUCCAAAAGCGCCGAGGAAAUGAAGAAGAACCUCUUCGACAACGAGGAGGCCACCUUUGAGGACUGGGAAGCGGUGUAUCGCACGAAUGUUGGCCAACUCUAUUUUGUAACCCUCGCCUUCCUUCCACUCCUGCAGAAAGCUACGGAGAAGACUCAUGGCUGGUCAUCAACAGUUAUCAACACUGCUUCCAUGUCAGGUGAAGUGAAGACGACUCAGCAUCAUCCGCAAUAUAAUGCCAGCAAAGCCGCGGCCAAGCACCUCACGAGAAUGAUGGCGAAUGAGUUUCAAGAGAAUGGAUUGAAGAUUCGUGUCAACUCCAUCAGUCCCGGAGUAUUUCCUUCUGAGAUGACUGCUGGAGAGAGCGAUGGCAACCAGAAGAGCCAUGUUGAGAAGGAAAAGUACGAAGGGAAGACUGCAGCACAGAGACCCGGCAAGGACGAAGAUAUGGCUGGUGCUGUACUCUUCGCGGUGACAAAUCAGUACUGGAAUGGCCAGAACGUGACUGUCGAUGGAGGAUACGAGUUGAUUUCUGGCAAUUGAGCACGAUUCAUGACAUGCCCGCUUGUGGUCCUGAUUACAUGAAAGUACAUAGUAGAAGCCUUGCGCCGUAAGAGCAGUCGGUUCUAAUAGCCCGUUCUGAGCAGAGGAACGUCUCAGCAGUCUGGGAUGACUGAGAAAAAGUGCAAGUGCUAUCUAGGUACUUGUGGGAAAAGGAAUUCACACAGACUACAGCACAAGAGGUAUUGGGAGCUGUCUAGUGCAGGUACAAGACAACAGCAGUAAAGAUUAUAUAAGGUACAUGUAGU